AUGCAAAGUUAUGCGCUGUCUGGAACUGCAGCAGAAGCGCCCGAUAAAGAACCAUUUGGUCACCAAAUGCAAAUGCCGACGACGAUGCUUGUGCAGCGGCCGCCGUACACUUCUUGCUACUCAUAUGGGAUGAAUACGAACCCGAAUGUGAAAAUCGUUUGUGACAGUGCGGACACUGAAACGCAGCUUAAUGCAAAGUACACGACUGGAAAGUGA